AGCUCGGCCGGGAAUUCGGGCGGAGCUCGGCGGGAGCUCGGCCGGAGUUCGGGCGCUCGCCCCACCCCGCGGUUCCCGCCGUGCGGCGGCGCGGCCGCCUCUCCCCAAGCGGCCCCCGCGGUUCUGACUCGUUGUCCGCAGCGAUGGAGGCGGAAAGGCUGAUGGUGCUGUUCGAGGACGACUCGGUGGAGGUGCACUACGCGGGGGGGUCCCGCUUGCUGCUGUCUCCUUGCGGCUCCGAGUAUCUGCACGAAGCGGCGCUGCCCGCGGCCGCCCACCCGCUCCAGCCUGCGGAGACCACCCGCCAGCGGGUCGCUUUCGCCGUCAGUGCCUACCGGGUAUGCGGCGGGCAGUGCCUCGGGGACGGGAGCGCCGUCCCGGGGAGCAUGCAUAUUCUUCUCAGUGAUAUCUUAGAAAUUAAAUGGCCUGACCCUGUGACAACUGAUCUGACAAGAUGUUUAGACAAUGGCAGUGUGAAGAUCUCAUCUGUGGAUGGCUACGCUCACCUUUACUUGUCAGAAUUGCAGCAAGAAUUUACAGUGGAGUUCUUAUGCAAAGUCAGCCAGUCAUCUGCAGCACGCUCAUGCUCCUCUGAAAAGAACAGCAGCUACCAAAGCAGAGAACAGUAUGGAAAACCAAAUAAAAAUUCUGCUGCAGAAGUCUCAUCAAAACAAAGAAUAGAGAAUAGGAAUAAACAUGGCUGUGCUGAAGGUAAAUGCAGGGAACCAACCAAACCAAAGGACCAAAGAGAUGGAGAUGGAAUCCCUUUGUUCCACACAAAUUGUUCUUCUGAAUAUGCAUGGGUUACACAGCGUUGGACUGUUUCCUUGUGCCCAGAAGAAUGGAAAUACCCUUUGUCCUUGGCUCUAAAAUGUUGUAACUUGCAUACUGUGGAAAAUGUAAUGAAGACAUAUGAGAAGAACAGCUGUACAGCUGUUGAAGGCGGUGUUUUAGCAGACCCUGAAACACAUAAAACAGUUUCUUGUUUACCUACAGCUUUGCCACUCAGCUGCAGAGCCCCACAUCUACACAGGUGGACAUUCUGUGACUUCUUUCGGAAUGAUGACAUGGAGAAGUAUUCAUUCUCUCAGCUAAUUCAAGUUGUUUGGUGUCAGGGUGUUUUCUACAGAUUUAUCCAUGGUAGGACAAACAUCAUAGAAAUUUAUCCUGGUGAUGACUCAUUUUUCAAAUCAGAGGGAGCGUUUUUGGGAAAAUAUUUCGUACAUUAUGCAAUCCAAAAAGGAACAAAAAAGGUGGAAGAAAAGAUGUAUUCAGUGAUCAGCCUACCUCCAGAUGUGCCAGGACAUCCAUACUCUAUAGCCUCCAUUAUUACUCAGGCAACCAAGAUACUUCACUACUGCUGCAAAACAAAACUGUCAUUGAGUCAUAAUUAUUAUCUCUGCUGCUGGAAAGUGGUAUCUGAGACUGAUGGACAAGAAAUGUUGCCAGUUUUGCUACAUGAAAAGGUUAUUCCCAGCAUAGGAAAACUGGUUGUGUACUCAGAUCAUAAAGUCCAUGCUAUUUUUUGGGAUGGGAUGACCCUGACUAUGGUUUGGGAUUUCAGCUCUUCCUGUGAUGAGAUCCAGAUAAACGAAGAUAUAGGCUGGUGUAAGUUAACUACUCCUGAUGGGCUACAGCAGCUAAUACAAAUAAGUAAUCCUGGAGUCUAUGAAAGGUACAUCAGAGCAGCAAUAGAAUGGUGCAGAAGUUUGAAUGAAGGGAAAGAGAUUGCUGAAUAUACUGCACACUCUGUAACUGAAGAAAAUUGGUCUGCUGAUGCUGAGCUUGAAAAAAUACAGAGAUUUAAUUUUUUAUUAGACAAUAGCAACAUUCUGAAAAGGACAUCUGCUGCAAAAUCCAAUCCAUCUGGUAUCACUGUGAGAAAAAAAGAAAACGGGGGUGAGACGGAAGAACUUAGUGAAGGUUGCGUCUUGGAGGCUUUGGAAAAAACUUCUAAAGUCAUUCAGGAUAUUGAAUCUCUGCUUGCUGUUUCUGGGAGGUGAAGCCCUGUGUUCCAUGUCCUCGUAGGAGCUGUCCCAGUCCGAGGGGGCUCUGAGGGGAGAGAGCAAUGGAGGCUGAAGCCAGAGGGACGAGCUGCCAGCGUGUUCCUGGCGAAGUCUGCCAGGUGCCAGCGCAGUAUCAAUGUUAAUGCCAUUGCUGUAUUCGGUGUAGGCAAAGAGAACGGUUGAGAUAACGGAGCACUGCUGUAUAAAUGGAUCAGGCCUGACCGGACAGUGCUGCUUUAAUGUAUGAAUGUAUAUGUUCGAAUCAAUUUGAUUGAUGGAUCACUGCUGAAAUGUGACCAGGGUAGACACGGGAAGUUUUCACUGUAAAAACGUGAUUUUAUUCAGAUGCUUACACCAAGAAGUCUUA